UGGCCCGUCGAUCGUUUGGAAGAUAUUCAAUCAUCUUUUUAAGUAUUUGAAACCAGAGAAAACGAGCCGUUUCGAUAGACAAAUUACGAAAGUUUUUUUGAUUGGCGGCGUAGAAAUUAAAUAUUUGUUCGCGGCUCUUUAUCUGGAUCAGUCGUUUGCGGACUAAUGCCAACAAGUCAUCUAGUUGUGAACAUACACCAAUAAUCUUUGGAUAUUGAUCAAGACAAUUAGUAGAUAUAUCUUCUUCAAGACAGAAGAUAACAAUAGAAUCAACCUUUCCAGAUGAUCCUAUUUGAGACAACAUAUCACAAGAGUAUAUGUUCGACGUGAUCAAGAUAAUAAUUUCUUCCGGUACUGUAGUAACGUGUGUAAUACAUUCGGUGAUGUUUCUAGAGAAGUAUACGAAAUUGUUCACUUGGCGUAGACGUUCCAAAGUUGUUGAUACAUUAGAAUGUUGGUCAGCAUUCGGAUUAAGCUAUAUUAUAGCAACGUUUUCUUGAGGGUGGGUGUGGGUGUGGGUGUGGGUGUGGGUGAGGGUGUGGGUGUGGGGUGUGGGUGUGGUUGAGGGUGAGGAUAUAUAUGUAUAAGUAAAACUAAAUCUGAAUCUAUUUCUACUCCUAAACUCACAGGGGUGUGGGGGUAUAUAUGUAUAACUGAAACUAAAUCUAUUUCUAUUCCUAUGGGUGCUAGGAAUUGGUCACUUAUAUUAUAAGUCGAAUUAGGCAGCUACUCAAAAUUUUUCACCCUCACCCACACCCUUUUACCAUUUCAAUGUAUGUUGAGUUCACGUGGACAUCUGACAGAUAGUCAAAGACACAAAAGAAAAUAUUUUCUGGUUUAAUAGGUCAAUCAUACAGCAAUCGACGAACUAUAACAAUCAUGGAUCAAUCCGAAGUCGAUUAUUUCUUUAAGCCAAAAGUAAUUACGCUUAAGCAAAAAAAGGGAAUGAACAAGAAGUAGAGUUUUACUGCUACUAGAUAGUUGCCACCUUAAAAUGUUUAUCAUUCGCUAUCUAGUGCUGUACAAUAUGUACCUUGUGACAACAAAAGGUUUCAUAGUGAUUCUAACGCGAUAAUUUCGCAUAGCUUCGCUGAAGCUAUCGAAAUUCGGCGAAAAGCAAUCACACUACGCCGAACUUUGAUGACUUCGACGAAACUAUGCCAGAUUCCAUUAAAAUUUGCUCACUACCCGUGAUUUCGUCGAAUUGAAUAAGAAACAGAUAACAUGAGCUGUCUCCUUGUGGGAUAAAAAGACAUCUGUUUCCUGUCGUACAUCCCUCCGUGUUCGGUGAUCGACAUAUAUAUAUAAGACCGAAGCAUAACUGAAGGACGAUAUCAUUUACAAAUUUCGUCAUAUUCAUCUACCACUCUCUUUUAAGCGUCGAAUAACAACAAAGGAUAAUGCAAAAGAUCAGCCGAAUGAUUUUCUUGGUCGCCCUCUUGAUGUUAGUGGCAACAAUCUACAUGGCAAAAGCAUCGCCAAUUGAAAAUGAGACUGGCAAUGACUUUCUCUAUCAUCCAAUCAGCAAACGUGCUGCUUGUCCUGCUGAUACUUGUAUUGCUCUUUGUCGUUCUUGCCUUGGUGGUUAUGUUUGUAUGGGUCUAGGCUGUUUUACUGAUGUCAGUAGCCGUUGUAUUAACAAUUGUCUUAGUGGCGCUUGUGGCUGUCGGUAUUGA